GGCCAACCCAACCAAAAAGCCGUCGGUCCUACCCACGUUCCCUCCCUAACCCCGACUCCACUUCUAAACCCAAGUAUGCAGAAACUUGGAGUUCCGUCGUGGACCCAUGGCGAUGGCAGCCUCGCCGUACUUCCGCCGCCCCAACUCCUCCCCGUUCUCAACAAACACCCGCCGCUCCCGCUCGAAAUCCGCCUAACAAGGCGAAAAAUCCGCCAGCCCAGUUCCUCCUCUCUGCUGCAGAAGAAAACGAAAGCAGCCAUCUCCACCCUUUUUCUGCUUAUUUAUGGCGGCGGCGGCGGCGACGACGACGAAUUCCCAGCUCCACAACCCGAGCCGUUCUCCUCUGCCCAUCCCCUCCUCCAAAUGCUCACAUUUCUCUUCUUCUCUUCUCCUCGAACUCCAAGUCAAGCCGUAUCGGACCAAUUCGAUUCCGUCUUUGACGAGCAAUUGCAGGUCUAGCCGCGUUUAUUGCGAAAUCAAGAGCUUUGAGAGCCACCAAAACUACCACCAACAGAGUUUGACCGUCGGGUUUUUAUCCGGCUCCGGUCAGUUACACUCAAUCCAGAGCUCUUCACCUCCUUCCUCCGUUCCAAUGGCUGCCACUGCGUCCUCGGAUUCCGGGUCCAAAGGCGUCAAGCGGAUCUGCCUCUUCUACUGUGACGAGACCAAGGCGCUGGCUGAGCGAAUUGCUGCUCGGUCGGACGCUAUCGAGCUUCGUUCCAUCAACUGGAAGACAUUUGAUGAUGGGUUCCCAAACUUGUUCAUACCAAACGCUCAAGGGAUUCGGGGCCAGCAUGUUGCUUUCUUGGCAUCAUUUAGCUCGCCGAAGGUGAUAUUUGAGCAGCUAUCAAUCAUCUAUGCACUUCCCAAGCUUUUCAUCUCUUCCUUCACUCUCGUCCUGCCCUUUUUCCCAACUGGCACAUCCGAGCGUAUGGAGGAUGAAGGAGACGUUGCCACAGCUUUCACUCUUGCUAGGAUCUUGUCCAAUAUACCAACUUCAAGAGGAGGGCCUACUAGCUUGGUGACUUUCGAUAUCCAUGCCUUGCAGGAGAGGUUUUAUUUCGGGGAUAACAUUCUGCCGUGCUUCGAAAGUGGGAUACCUUUGCUUAUGAAUAGGCUGCAACAGCUUCCAGAUUCUCAUAAUAUAGCAAUAGCUUUCCCUGAUGAUGGAGCGUGGAAAAGGUUUCAUAAACAACUGCAGCAUUUCCCCACGAUUGUGUGCGCCAAGGUUCGUGAAGGUGAACAGAGAAUCGUGCGUAUCAAGGAAGGAGACCCUCAAGGACGGCAUGUAGUUAUUGUUGAUGAUCUGGUUCAGUCAGGUGGCACCUUGAUUGAAUGUCAGAAAGUGCUGGCCAAACAUGGAGCAUCAAGAGUAAGCGCUUAUGUUACGCACGGUAUUUUCCCUAAUCAGUCGUGGGAACGCUUUCAGUUCGACAGUGCAGGUAAUCCAGCUACCGGACUGAGCUAUUUCUGGAUCACUGAUUCAUGUCCAUCGACAGUAAAUGCAGUGAUGAAAAGACAACCGUUUGAGGUUCUUAGCCUGGCUAGUUCGAUAGCAGCAGCCCUUCAGAUCUGACCCUAAUGUUUAAAAGCUUUUCCAACAUCGUCUAUAUAUGAGGCUUUUGUUUCUUGUUUGCCAUGAAGUUUUUGGUUCUUUUUUCUUCUUCAACAGCGUAUGAGUGUAUGUCAAUAAGAGGUACAAGAAAAAAAAUAAAUGUUUGCCUUAAAUAUUUCUCAUGUAUAAUGAUUAAUGAAUAAUAGGAGUGCAAUGAAUAAAAGCUGG